GGACUUAAUCAGAGAAAUGGUUAAACAUUUUGUUCUGGCAAUCUAUCUCCUCUGUUUCACUCUUGAAACUCUUGUUCAUGCCCAAGAUCAAUCUGGAUUCAUCAGCAUCGAUUGUGGAGUGGUGGAUGAAGAAAGCUACAAAGAUGAAAGCACCAGCAUUGAAUACAGUUCAGAUGGAAAUGCCACAGACAGUGGUAUAAACAGGAGCAUAUCAUCUGAAUACAUGGUGAAAUCCUUAGAGAGAAGGUUUUGGAAUGUUAGAAGCUUCCCAGAAGGCACAAGAAACUGCUAUACCCUUUAUCUUCCUCGAAUGAAUAGCAACGUGCGUCUGAUUAGGGCAAGGUUCAUGUAUGGAAACUAUGAUGGAAAAGAUUCCCUCCCCAAGUUUGAUUUGUACCUUGGACCCAACUUCUGGGACUCUGUGGAGUUUCAAAAUGCUUCCACUGUCACAACCAAGGAAAUUGUUCAUGUUGCAACAUCAGAUUAUAUUCAAACUUGCCUUGUUAACACAAACGAAGGCACACCCUUCAUAUCAACCUUGGAGAUCAGAGUUCUAAAUGAUGCUAACUAUGUUUCUGACUCAAUACAGCUUCUGCAAAGAUUUGAUGUAGCCUUACAAGAGGGUCAAAUUGUCAGGUAUCCUGAUGAUAUUUAUGAUCGAAUUUGGUCACCCUACAAUCCAGAGGGCUGGAAAAAGAUUAGUACAUCCCUUGCAGUACCUAAUGGAGGACUUUUCUCUUAUGGGGUACCCUCCAUUGUCCUGAAAACAGCAGCAACACCAGAAAAUGCGAGUGAUAAUUUGGAAUUUUCGUAUCAACUAAGCAAUAAUGGUGCAGUCAAGUUUUAUGUAUACAUGUACUUUGCUGAGAUAGAGAAUCUUGCAGCUGAUGUAACCAGAGAAUUCGAUGUUUAUGUGAAUGGGAGGCUCCUUCAGAAUAAUGUCAGUUUACCUUUCCUAACUCGCGUUACUUUGAUCUCUGAAACCCCACCUCAAACCAUGUUACAAAUUUGGAUCAACAGAACAAAUAAAGCAACCAUGGCCCCUAUACUGAAUGGCAUCGAGGUUUAUGAAGGGAAAACCCUAGAUUUACCAGAGACCCAUCAAGAUGAUGUUGGUGCCAUCAUGCAAAUAAAGUCAACGUACGGCAUCAAGCAAAUGUGGCAAGGAGAUCCUUGUAACCCUAAAACUCACCUGUGGAAGGGUGUAAACUGCAGCUACAAUGGACACAACCAACCUAGAAUCACAUCUUUGAACCUGUCAUCAAGUGGGUUGACCGGGAACAUAGUUGUGGCCAUUUCCAAUCUGAAAUUGAUACAAUAUUUGGAUUUGUCCAAUAACAGUUUAACUGGUUCUGUGCCUGAUUCAUUAUCUGAACUGGAGUUCCUGAAGAUUUUAAAUGUUGGAGGUAAUAAACUAUCUGGCUCAAUUCCUUCAAAACUCUCUGAGAGAACAAGGAACGGGUCGCUGAUUAUAUUAAGUCUUGGUGGAAAUCCCGAUCUCUGCUUCUCAAGUUCUUGUCACAAGAGGAAUAGGAUAGUAAUUCCGUUGCUCGUAACAGCUCUUGCAGCUCUCGUUCUUUCUGCAGCACUCUCAUUUAUUUGUAGAAGAAGACUUCAAGUUGUGAUGAAUAGGCACAAGGUGAGUUUUUUGAACAACACUGUGAGUGUGGAUUCAAAGAAACAAGAGUUCAGCUACUCAGAGGUUCAAAGUAUUACCAAUAAUUUUGAGAGGGUUGUGGGUAAAGGAGGAUUUGGAACUGUCUACCAUGGUUGCAUAGGUGAAACACAAGUAGCAGUCAAGAUGCUCUCUGCUUCAACUCAAGGGUAUCAGCAAUUUCAGACAGAGGCAAAUAUUCUCACAAGAGUGCACCACAAAUGCUUGACUCCACUUAUUGGAUAUUGCAAUGAAGGCAAUAGAACAGCACUCAUCUAUGAAUACAUGACCAACGGAGACUUAUCUGACAAACUAUCUGGUGAAAGUCAAACUUUCUUAGAUUGGAAACAAAGACUUCAAAUUGCACUGGAUACAGCAAUAGGCUUGGAGUACCUUCAUAAUGGUUGCAAGCCCCCAAUUGUUCACAGAGAUGUUAAGACCAGAAACAUUUUACUAAAUGAAAACCUACGCGCUAAAAUUUCUGAUUUUGGAUUGUCAAGGAUGUUUUCAGAUGAAGGUGACACCCAUGUAUCAACAGUUAUUGCAGGCACCCCAGGAUACCUUGACCCUGAAUACUACAUAACAAACAGGUUGAAUGAAAAAAGUGACGUGUUUAGUUUUGGAGUUGUUCUUCUAGAGAUAAUGACAGGGAGAAGAGCCAUAUCGAAAAGCAGUGAGAAAAGUCACAUAAUUAAAUGGGUGAGUUCCAUUGUGGAGGGUGAUGGUGAAAUUGAUGGUGUUAUGGAUGGAAGGUUAGAAGGAGAUUAUGACAGUGAGGGUGCAAAGAAAGUAAUAGAUUUAGCAAUGGUUUGUGUGGCUCCAAGUUCUGUUAAUAGGCCAACAAUGAGUGAAGUGGCCAUGGAACUAAAACUAUGUUUUCCCAUUGGAGAACUUAGGAGUGCUUCCACUGGAUCCAUUGAAGUUCCCUCCAUUAAUGAAAUCAGUGGAUUUAGUUCGUUAGAAAGGUAAGAGGAUUCAAUAUUUGAAACUUGUGAACAUGUUCUGUUACUUUUGGUAGUACUGUCUGCUAUGGUUGUAUUAAUUAUUUAUGUUAAAAAUGAUAUUUAG